AUGGAAGGGAUCACGGAAGGAGUGAAUAGUAUGAGCUUGGGCGUUGAUAACCAGAAGAAGAAUCGAAUUCAGGUUUCUCACACCAAGAAACCGUUGUUCUUCUACGUCAAUCUCGCCAAGAGGUACAUGCAGCAAUACACAGAUGUUGAGUUGUCUGCACUUGGAAUGGCCAUUGCAACUGUUGUUACUAUCGCUGAGAUUUUGAAGAACAAUGGUUUUGCUGUUGAAAAGAAGAUCAUGACUUUGACUGUGGAUAUCAAGGACGAUUCAAGGGGACGUCCUGUGCAGAAAGCCAAGAUUGAGAUAACGCUGGCAAAGUCUGAGAAGUUUGAUGAAUUAAUGGCUGCAGCCAAUGAGGAGAAGGAGUCUGCAGAAGCCCAAGAGUAGAACUGAAAAGCUUGAUUUCUUCGUUCCCUGUCUCUCUUUGCUUAAUGUUACAACACUUUAAUUUGUUAUAUUCCGUUAGUUUUUAGCUCAUUUUGAAUGUUAUCUUGAAUUGUCCUCUCUACCUGUGAGAGUUUGAAAUUUUUAGUAUCGUAUUUAGGUGUAGGAAAGAUUUUUGUUGCAUAACAUUAUCGAAUAUAUAAAUGAUUCGAUAAUAACUUCUACUGGGUGGGAGUAUAUUGAAUGAGGAUAAUAGCUU